AUGAUCAACAAUAAGGGAAUCCAAUUCUCUAAGGCAAGGACGGCGGGAAAUAGUGUGAAGGUGUUUACCAACACACCCGCAGACUACCGGCAGCUAGUUACCCUGCUAGACUCAAUGAAGAGGCCCUUCUUCACCUACCAGCUGAAGGAGGAUAAGUUGGACCAGAGGGUGAUUCGAGGACUUACCAGAGAGAUGGCUACCGAAGACAUCAGAGAAGAUCUAGUGAGCCAAGGGAUCGCAGACGCCGAGGUUCAACAGAUGAAGACCAGGAACACCAAGCAGCCGCUACCGCUCUUCCUCGUGAAGACGAGGAUGGCGGAAAAGCUGCAGGAGGUCCAGAGGCUGGCCAUGCUCACGGUCAGCUUCGAGAAGAAAACGAGAUCGACCGAGCCCAGCCAAUGCUACCGCUGCCAGCGGUACGGGCACACGCAGCGAAACUGCUGUCUCGCUGAACGAUUCAAAAGCGUCAAUUAUUUAGAAUUUGUGAAUGGCCUCAGUGUACCAAUCAUCAUCAAUAUACUUGCGACUUUAGAAAACCAACACCUGUUCAAUCUCCUUCGAUUCACCGACCCACAAGUGCAUUUUUAUAAGUUGUCAAACAGCGGAAUAAACAGUUAG